GGAGGGGGUCGGACAGCCGCAGCCCAGCCCGGGCUGGGGGGCCAGACUGCGGGGUCGCGGGCGGGGAGCGGCGUCCGGGGGCGGCAGGGCAAGUCGUGAAGACCCUCGUCUCCGAGGCCACGACGCACGGGGGCCUUGGAGGGCCCCAGGGCAAGGCGAGACCUUGUGGGUGGGGGCGGGGCCGCGGGUAGGGGAGGGGCCCGGCCGGCCAGAGAGGCCCAGGGUCAAGACGUCCGGCCUCAGGGGCCCGGGCUGGGCAGCCGGGUCCCCUGGGCGGCGCUGAGCAGGCGGGCGGCGAGGGUCUCAGGGCACUCAGGCCUGGUCGCAGGAUCGUCCGCCAUCGCCGCCGCCGCCGUACUGGGAGCCGGCGGGGAUGGAACGGGAGGCGUCGCCGUGGGGCCUUGAGCCCGGGGAUGUGCAAAGUCCUGACGAACUGGGGAGCCCCGAAGGGUCCCUCAAAGGCAACAUGAGUGAGAAUGAGGAAGAAGAAAUGUCUCAACAAGAAGGCACUGGGGACUAUGAGGUCGAAGAGAUACCCUUUGGGCUUGAACCCCAGAGCCCUGGGUUUGAGCCACAAAGCCCCGAGUUUGAACCCCAGAGCCCCAGGUUUGAGCCUGAAAGCCCAGGUUUUGAGUCCGGAAGCCCUGGGUUUGUGCCCCCAAGCCCUGAAUUUGCACCCAGAAGCCCUGAAUCAGAGAGUCCUGAGUUUGAACCCCAAAGUCCUAGGUAUGAGCCCCAAAGCCCCGGGUAUGACCCCAAGAGCCCUGGAUAUGAACCCCGGAGCCCUGGUUAUGAACCCAAGAGCCCUGGGUAUGAACCCAAGAGCCCUGAGUAUGGAUCCCAGAGCCCUGGGUAUGAAUCCCAGAGCCCAGAAUAUGAGGCCCAGAAUCCUGAGUUCAAAACCCAAAGCCCUGAAUUUGAAGCUCAAAGUUCCAAAUUUCAGGAAGGUGCAGAGAUGCUUCUGAAUCCUGAGGAAAAGAAUCCUUUGAGCAUCCCCUUGGGAGUCCACCCCUUGGACUCCUUCACCCAGGGGUUUGGGGAGCAGCCCACAGGGGGCCUACCCCUAGGGCCACCUUUUGAGAUGCCCACAGGGGCUCUGCUGGCCACACCCCAGUUUGAGAUGCUCCAGAAUCCCCUGGGCCUGACAGGGGCCCUUCGGGGGCCAGGCAGGCGGGGUGGCCGGGCCAGGGGUGGGCAGGGCCCUCGGCCUAAUAUCUGCGGCAUCUGCGGGAAGAGCUUUGGGCGGGGCUCCACCCUGAUCCAGCACCAGCGCAUCCAUACGGGUGAGAAGCCCUAUAAAUGUGAGGUCUGUAGUAAGGCCUUCUCCCAGAGCUCUGACCUCAUCAAACACCAGCGCACCCACACGGGCGAGCGGCCCUACAAGUGUCCCCGUUGUGGCAAGGCCUUCGCCGACAGCUCUUACCUGCUUCGCCACCAGCGCACCCACUCUGGUCAGAAGCCCUACAAGUGCCCGCACUGCGGCAAGGCCUUCGGUGACAGCUCCUACCUCCUGCGGCACCAGCGCACCCACAGCCACGAGCGGCCCUACAGCUGCCCCGAGUGCGGCAAGUGCUACAGCCAGAACUCUUCCCUGCGUAGUCACCAGAGGGUGCACACCGGGCAAAGGCCCUUCAGCUGUGGCAUCUGCGGCAAGAGCUUCUCGCAGCGCUCGGCCCUCAUCCCCCAUGCCCGCAGCCACGCCCGCGAGAAGCCCUUUAAGUGCCCUGAGUGCGGCAAGCGCUUUGGCCAGAGCUCGGUGCUGGCCAUCCACGCCCGCACCCACCUGCCAGGCCGCACCUACAGCUGCCCCGACUGCGGCAAGACCUUCAACCGCUCCUCCACGCUGAUUCAGCACCAGCGCUCCCACACGGGCGAGCGGCCCUACCGGUGCGCCGUGUGCGGCAAGGGCUUCUGCCGCUCCUCCACGCUGCUGCAGCAUCACCGAGUCCACAGCGGGGAGCGGCCCUACAAGUGCGAUGACUGUGGAAAGGCCUUCUCGCAGAGCUCCGACCUCAUCCGCCACCAGCGGACCCAUGCAGCCGGCCGGCGCUGAGCUGGGGCCCUGCCAGGGGCUGGGGAGGUGGUGGGCAGACGAGAAGGGGCCAGGGAGCUAGAGAAAAACCUUUAGAGGGGAUAGUGGGAAAGCUGGGGGAGGAUGGAGGAGUCGAGGGCCAGGAAGUUACGUGCCCUGGAGAUUUAUUGGAAAUGGGCUAUGAAGAGGGGUUGGAGAGAGGCCAAGCAGGCAGUGGGAGGUUCCGGGAGAGAUCCAGGAGAGAGGUCAGCAGAGAGUUGGCCUCGGCAGCAGCUUGCCCCUUGGUGGGUGCCUGGCUUGGCAAAGCGCUAGGCGGGGGUGGGGGGGAGGGGGGAGGGUUACUUAAUUAGAGUUGGGUAGCUUAGAUUGGUAGCUACUGAGACCCUCGUUGAGUCAGGAAGGGGUGAGGGUAGGUGGGGUGGGGAGUGGGGCCCUGGGGUGGGGCUUGGGCCUCAGUGCAAACCCCAGCCUCCCUUGUCUUCCUCAGGCUUUGGAGCCCCUGAAUUUGAGUUCAAUAAAAACCUUUAUGUGG